UUGCUACAGUGAAGUAUGUGUACGUGUGUGCGUAAAUAUAUUACAUCUGUUGCAACAAAAGACAAUACGUACGGAACCUUAUGUCAAGUUGGUAUUGGUUGCAGCUGUUGGAAGAUUAGAACAACAUAUAUUUUCACUUGUUCAAUCUUUUCUGCAACCAAACUGAGCAUCACUAUUUUUCCCUUUGCAUUGUGGAUCUUAUUCUUUUUUUUUGGAAUAUCACCAAAAUACUUCUGGAAAAUCAAAUUUAGUGCAUUGAUGAUGCAGUUAAAUUACUCAACUUCUUUUUCUGCAAAUCUAAGAGGAUUGGAUUUGCAAACUGGUUUAUUUACCUACAGACAAAUUAAAGCGGCAACUAAUGACUUUGAUAUCGACAACAAAAUUGGGGAAGGUGGUUUUGGAUCUGUCUAUAAGGGUAUAUUAUUAGAUGGUAGUGUUAUUGCAGUUAAGCAGCUUUCUUCCAAAUCAAUGCAAGGAAAUCGUGAAUUUGUUAACGAGAUUGGCAUGAUCUCUGGUUUACAGCAUCCAAACCUUGUAAGAUUGUAUGGAUGUUGUGUUGAAAGGAAUCAGCUUCUGCUAGUGUAUGAAUACAUGGAAAAUAACAGUCUUGCCCGGGCUUUGUUUGGGGAAUGCCCGUUGAAUUUGGACUGGCCUACCAGGCUAAGGAUUUGUAUUGGCAUAGCAAGAGGUUUGGCAUUUCUUCAUGAGGAAUCAAGACUGAAAAUUGUUCACAGGGACAUCAAGGCUACCAAUGUACUACUUGAUGGGGACCUUAACCCUAAGAUCUCUGACUUUGGUUUGGCUAAGCUUUCCGAAGAUGACAAGACCCAUAUUAGCACCAGGAUUGCUGGAACAAUAGGGUACAUGGCACCGGAAUAUGCGUUGUGGGGUUAUUUAACCAACAAAGCAGAUGUUUACAGCUUUGGGGUUGUUGCAUUGGAAAUUGUUGCAGGGAGGGACAAUAUGAAAUAUCGUCCUAAUGAAAAUUAUGUUUGCCUACUUGAUUGGGCACUUGUUUUACGACAACAAGGACGUUUGAUGGAUCUGGUGGAUCCCAAGCUGGGUUCCGAUUUCAACAAGGAAGAGGCAAUGAGAAUGACCAAGGUGGCAUUGGUAUGCACUAAUCCGUCUCCGGCACUUAGGCCUACCAUGUCUGCUGUGGUAAGCAUGCUUGAAGGUGAACUCGGGAUUGAAGAACUAGUCAAUGAUCCGCGCAUCUAUGGCGAUGACUUCCGGUUCGUAGCCCUCAGAGACAAGUAUGAUGAGCUGCUACGCCAGACUUCAACCGAAGCUGAGACCCCGAUGUAUCACACGGCAACUAGUUCUUCCUCUGCAUCUACCCAGGAUCUUUAUCCGAGGAAUCUUUAUUCUCUGUAACGUUUCCAGCCAGUACAGGGACGUAUGAGAAACAUAAUAUGGUUAAGGUAGUACUAAUAGCCUUUUCACUUGUACAAGCGAUGUAAAUGAUCAAAACAUGCGUAUUCCCGAAUCCAAUCCAUGUUCGUAAAAGAUCGGAAUGGUUUUUCAAAUGGUGCAAUAACUGUGUUACAUAUGAAGUCUUCAUGUUCAA